GUCAGUGUGUGUGACAAUUUGAUACGCAAAUUGACAACAACAGCAUCAAAAUUUUGGAGUAAUAUUAUAAACAAACAAUUAAUAUUGUUCAAAGAUGGUUGAAGAGCAAGAAAAUCUAUCUGGUCUGGCAUCAGACACAUUGGCUCCAAAUCAUAAAAGUCUUGAUGACAAUAAUGGAGAUGUCAAACGUGUUGGUAAAUCACGUCAUCGUAAAAAGGCACUACAUGCAUCAAUAUUAAAAUUAAUGGAAUUUUAUUUUAGUGAUGCUAAUUUAAAUAAAGAUAGAUUUUUAAAUAAACUCAUUGAAGCAAAUCCAUACGUUGAUCUAUCUGUAUUUUUAAAAUUCAAUAAAAUACGUAAUUUAACUGAUGAAACAAGUAGAAUUGCUAAGGCACUAAGUAAUUCAACAAUACUUGAAUUGUCUGACGACAAAAAAAGGGUAAAAAGAUCAACACCAAUAUGUCAAAAGCAGAACAUUGAAGAUUGCAUGAUUUAUGUUGAAGGUUUAUCAAUUGAUACUGAUCAUGACUGGUUAUCAAGUGUAUUUUCAAGAUAUGGACCAGUUGAUUAUGUGUCAAUACCAAGAUAUAAUAAUACUAAAAAAAUAAAAGGUUAUGCAUUUGUUGAAUUUGCUAAAGCUGAAGAUGCUAAAAAAUGUUUAAAAGAAUUUACUGAUCAAAAUUGUACAUUACCAUCACAAAUAGCACCACAUGAUUUAAUGAGUAUUAAAACAUUUAGUGAUGAUGAUCAAUCAACAAAUAAUACUGUUGUUAAAAUUGAAACGUCACAAGAAGUGGCUGCAUCAUCAUCAUCAUCAACAUCAACAACAACAAAAAGACCAUUAGACAAUGGUGCUGAUACUGAAGAUGAUUGUAAACCAUCAGAAAUAAAAAAAGCACGUUUAAUGAAUGAUGAUGAUAAUGAUGAUGGUUAUGUUGAUGAAGAAGAAGAAACAACAAAUGAAGUUGUUACUCAAAGUAAGGAUCAAGAUGAGGAUAAAAAAAAACAAAAGAAAAAAAAUAGAAAACGUAGAGAUAGAAAUGAACAGCCUUAUAUUGAAGAUUAUGGUUUGAGAAUCAUGUCCAAGACAGAUUGGAGAAUAUUGAGAAAUAAAUAUUUGAAUAUGCAACGUGAGAGAAUGAAGCAAUUGAAACAAGAUUUAAAGAAAACACGUAUGAGUCCAUAUUCAUAUGAUCAACGUGAUGCUACAUCAACAUCAUCAGUAGCAGUAGCAACAAGUGAUGUACCACGACCAACACCACGACCACGACCACCAGCAACUGAUGAUGGAUCAUUAAAAAAACCAAAACAAGAAUUACAGCCAAAAUUUACAUUUACUGAAGGUUUAAUUGUCAAGAUAGAACUUGAUGAGCAUCAUUGUACUGAUGCAAAAAGUUUAAAAAGUGAAUUUCGCAAUGAUACUAAUGUCAAGUACAUUGAUAUUCAUGAUGGUACAAAUAUAAUUUAUGUACGUUGUGAUACACCAGAAGGAACAAAUAAAUUUGUUGAAAAAUAUUCUGAUGAAAAAACAGUAACAGUAUUGACUGGUGAUGAAGAAAAAUUGUACUGGGAUAAAAUGAAUAAAGAUAGGGCACAAAAAUUUGAGAAAAAAAAUCGUAAAGAAAAUAAACAACGGGGAAGAGAUAAAUUACUUAAAAAAGCUGAAAAAGAAUUGGGAAAACAUAUUAGAUUUGAUGAUGUAUAAAUAAAGUCAUUUGUUUAUUUUAUUUUUUUUCUUUUAUUAUUAAUAAUAAUUACAAUUAAAUUAAAAAAUAAAUUUAAAACAAA